AUUUCGGCACCCUUUUUAAUGGAGUGUAAGGAUUUAUCAGAUCUCCCUCAAGGUAACCAGAGUCUCUCUCCUGAAAGAAACAUAAAUCCAUCCCAAAAAAGUUACCCCAGACGCAGGAGAGGAGUGAAUGUUCGUCAAACAGGCAAUGAUCGAGUUUCGCAACGUGAGCAAACGAGAUUUCGCGUACCGGAAGGAGCUGCUUGUGAACGUGGACGCGCUGGCCGGCGUGGUGUCUAUCAACGUGGUCAGCAAGGCUGCUUUUCGGACGUACAAUUCGAUCAGGAAUUGGUAAUCAUGUGUUGUUGGGAUAUAUUCGUAUAUGUUUACUUAAUACAUGGCAUUUUAGAUCGGUUGAUUGCGAAACUUAGGUCAGGUUUGUAUUCGUGUCUUAUUUGCUUAUGCUAUGUGGAGCCGAGGGAUCCCACUUGGUCGUGCGAUGGUUGUUUUCGCGUUUUUCAUCUAAGUUGCAUGACUGAUUGGGAAUCCCGAAACUCAUGGCGUUGCCCAGCCUGCCAAAAAUCGCAUUCGGCUGCUACAAGACCCCUUGUUUACUACUGUUUCUGUGGUAAAACUAGUCGACCCGAUUAUCAUCCUGGAUGCACAACGAUUCCCCACGGGUGUGAUGAGGUUUGCGGUAAGCCGAAAGCAAAAUCUCCUCCAUGCCCUCACACCUGUACAGAACUCUGUCAUCCCGGUCCCUGUCCGCCGUGUACAGCAGUUGUGCAACUCCACUGCCCUUGUGGUCGGGUAGUGAGGAGCGCUCGCUGUGGUGACGAACAGCCAAAACCAUGUGGCGCGCCCUGUGGACGCACUUAUGCAGCGGAUUUUUGCGCUUUCGGUACCCACACUUGUCCACUGCAGUGUCACGAUGGUGAUUGUCCACCCUGCUUGAAACUGAUAAAAUCUGGUAGGGCCAAACGCUACGACCUCUCUGCAGCCAUAGGGGAUCCUGUUGUUGGCGAACUUGAUCCCUGCGACAUUGAGAUGUUUUUCCACGACGAUGAGAAGGAUAGGAUGGAGUUGCUACAGUCAGAGGAGUCCUUAGUGGCUAUGUAUGUUGGAACGGUGUUCUCCUGCGAACAGGUUUGUGACAGGCCCCUGGCAUGUGGUCAUCACAAGUGCAGCAUGCCUUGCCACCCUGGCGAAUGCCGACCCUGCCCUCUGUCGCCUUCUCUGUGCCUCACCUGUCCAUGCGGACGUGUUCCUCUAAACAAACUGGUGAGUAAUCUUAUUUUAAACCAUUUAAUACCUUGA